AUGAAGAUAGAGGAGGUAAAAAGUACCACGAAAACCCAAAGGAUCGCCUCACACAGUCACGUUAAGGGACUGGGGCUAGACGAGGCCGGAAAUGCUAAACAAACAGCAUGUGGACUGGUCGGGCAGGAGACUGCAAGAGAGGCCUGUGGAAUCAUUGUUGAGAUGAUUCGCUCAAAAAAGAUGGCAGGAAGAGCAGUUUUGUUGGCAGGACCUCCAGGAACAGGAAAGACUGCCCUCGCUUUAGCUAUGGCACAGGAGUUGGGAAACAAGGUUCCUUUCUGUCCCAUGGUUGGCAGUGAAGUGUACUCAUCUGAAAUUAAAAAAACAGAAGUGCUUAUGGAGAACUUCAGGAGAGCAAUUGGUCUGCGCAUCAAAGAAACAAAGGAGGUGUAUGAAGGGGAGGUGACAGAGCUGACCCCGUGUGAGACGGAGAAUCCUAUGGGUGGCUACGGAAAAACCAUCAGCCACGUCAUCAUCGGUCUGAAGACGGCCAAGGGCACCAAGCAGCUCAAGUUGGACCCCAGCAUUUAUGAGAGUCUUCAGAAAGAGCGCGUGGAAGUGGGAGACGUUAUCUACAUCGAAGCCAACAGUGGUGCUGUCAAGAGGCAAGGCCGCUGCGACACCUUUGCAACAGAGUUCGACCUUGAGGCCGAGGAGUACGUCCCACUUCCCAAAGGCGACGUCCACAAGAAGAAGGAGAUAGUCCAAGACGUCACACUGCACGACCUAGAUGUUGCCAAUGCCCGGCCACAGGGAGGUCAGGACAUUCUCUCUAUGAUGGGACAGCUGAUGAAGCCCAAAAAGACAGAAAUCACAGACAAGCUUCGAGCCGAGAUCAACAAGGUGGUGAACCGCUACAUAGACCAAGGCGUGGCCGAGCUCGUCCCCGGCGUCCUGUUUGUGGACGAGGUGCACAUGCUGGACAUCGAGUGCUUCACUUACCUCCAUCGAGCUCUGGAGAGCAGCAUCGCCCCGAUCGUUGUGUUCGCCUCCAACAGAGGGAAAUGCCUGAUCAGGGGGACCGAAGACAUCAGCUCUCCACACGGCAUCCCUCUGGAUCUGCUGGACAGGGUGAUGAUAAUCCGCACCAUGCUGUACACGCCGCAGGAGUUGAAGCAGAUCGUCAAGAUCCGCGCUCAGACCGAGGGGAUCAGCAUCAGCGAGGAGGCCCUCACACACCUGGCAGAGAUCGGCACCAAAACAACCCUCAGGUACGCCGUGCAGCUGCUGACCCCAGCCAGCCUGCUGGGCCGCGUCCAGGGAAAAGAGACCGUGGAGAGGGAACAGGUGGAGGAGAUUAACGAAUUGUUCUACGACGCCAAGUCGUCAGCCAAAAUCCUCCAAGACCAGCAGCACAAGUUCAUGAAAUGAAAACCCACAGGAAGACGCUCCACUUCCUCCUCCCUCGUUCUGCCCUUCGUCUUUUGCGUUCCCAGCUGUGCAUCGUCGCAUUUCUGCCUCCCAGCCUUCUACUGUAGUAGUUCUGUUCUGAUGGAUUUGCAGUUUUAAUAUUUUUGUUGAAAUUUUUGAAAUAAAAGAGAAAACUCACAAUUACUGACUAUUUCCAUUUCUAUCCGGUGCAAUAGAUGUUUACUACAUAAACAGUCUUGUGUGUUUCAUACAGUACUGCCUAAGUUGCGCUGGUAUUUAUUACAUCAGUGUAAAAUCGUUAGAAAAUAAACGAGGAAGCAAAAUUUCAAUUUUUUUUAAAACAUUAGUUUGAUUUAGCAGUUGACACGGAAAAUUUGUCCAUCGAAUACAAAAAUCCUGCUCUGUUCAUAAAGUGUCUGACUCGGUAAAAUUUGUUUGAAACAAUAUAAAUAUGCUCUAAAAUUUAAUACAUCAAACUCAGUGUGGUACAGCGCUUCCUUUUAUUGGCGCCCCUGGUAAAGAUGUGCAAAAAAA